AGACAUCAGAGAAAAUUAAAAUCCAGUUUGAGGCAAAGCGAUGGGGCGAUUCUGUGAGUGGUAAAAUAACAAACAAAUUUAAAGAGUCUGAAAGUGAUUCUUAAAGCUGAGGGUGGGGCAGCAGCAGCUUCAUGGACUCAGCUGAAAUAUUUUUUCAGGCACUUUAGCCGCCAGCUAACGUUAGCUGCGGGCUAGCACGCCUCCACACACGCACACACACACACACGAGCUAGCAUCAGGAGCAUCAUCCCGCAGUAUCAGUUCAACGACAGCGUCAGCUACGAGGCAGCUCCAGUCAAAGAACAACAACGAGAAGCUAAAACAGGCGCAUGUGUCGGGGCGUCCCUUGGUGAAAGAGGGAGACACAAUGUUGAACCCGACCAAUGGUGACCCGGGCCACGUUGUUGUGAAUUAUGUGGAGGAGUAUUUGGACCUGGUGGAAUCGCUGCCAUUUGACCUGCAGAGGAGCGUGUCGCUCAUGAAGGAAAUUGAUGCCAAGUAUCAAGAUGUUCUGGAGGAGCUGGAUGAUGCUUAUGAACGGUAUCGCCGGGAAUCUGACUCCAUUCAGAGGCGCAAGCUUCAGUUAUCAAUUCAGAGGGCGCUGAUCCGCAGCCAAGAGCUCGGAGAUGAAAAGAUCCAGAUUGCAGGUCAGAUGGUGGAGCUGGUUGAGAACCGAACACGACAAUUGGACUGGCACUCUGAGCUCCUCCUUUCCUCUCAAGAAGUCCCCGAGAGCCACGUUCCCACAGCAACAUCCCUGACGACCACCGCAGCGUCCAUGAUGUCCUCAUCAUCAUCAGCUGCCAUCACUCCGGGCAAACCCGGCCAUCACGACAAGAAGCGCGACGAGGUCACCCCGGGCUCAGCUGGUACAGACAAAGCCGGGGGGAAGCGCUCGAGACGUCAGAAAAACGGAGAGACCCGGGAAAGUUAUGGGGGUCUGGAUCACUCUGAGGAUGCGGGAGUGGGGGCGUCUCGGGAAAAACGUGCCAAAACCUCCUCUAAGAAGAAGAAGAGGUCAAAGGGAAAGUCUGAGAGGGAAGUGUCACCUCCAGACCUGCCCAUCGAUCCAGAUGAGCCGACGUACUGCCUGUGUGAGCAGGUGUCCUACGGCGAGAUGAUCGGCUGCGAUAACGACGAAUGUCCCAUCGAGUGGUUUCAUUUCUCCUGUGUUGGUCUCCACCAUAAGCCCAAGGGAAAGUGGUACUGCCCCAAGUGUCGAGGCGAGAACGAGAAGACCAUGGACAAGGCCUUAGAAAGGGCCAAAAAGGAGAGGGCAUACAACAGGUAGCUUGCGCCGCAGAGCCCGAUGAACACUCCUGCGUAAAAGAUUUAAAUUUUAUGGUUUGUCUUAGUUUCCAUUGACAGCUGACAGUUUUUCAAAAAACUAAAAAGAGGGAUCUUGUACAAAGUUAUUUUUGUAACUGCUGCGUAGCUGAGGAACAAGAUUGCACUCUCUAAAUUCUGAAAAGAAUGGACACCGUACAGUACAACCUGCAUGUUUGUAACCAGCUGUCCUGUACUUCACCCCCCACCCUGUUCUCACCAUGCCUGCAACAUCACCCAUUCUAUUGUGUAUUCAACUAAAGAAUAAAACACCUCACACAAA